UGGGGAGGGAGGGAGCUGAGGCACAGCUUGGCUCUGCACUGCCGUGUGACUAGAAAUUGUAAUCGCGGAGAAAGAGAGAGACGGACAGAGCCGGGGAGAAAGGGACCAAGACAGAUGGACAGACAGACAACCUGACUGAGACGGGCUCAGGGCCGAUGAGAGGGUGACAGGGAUAGAGCAAGAGGGAGGAAUAGAUGGAGGAGAAGGAGAGAAGGGGCCUGGGGGUCCCGAAGGAGGCAAGAUUGUGAGGGGGGAGACUCAGGAGGGGGUUGAGGCCAGAGGAGGUGGACGGGGACCAGAGGCGGAGGGGGAGGACCGAGAGGGGCAGAGAGAGAGGAGAAGGGGUCUGGGGUCGGUGGGUGGAGAGAAAGGAGGCUGCGGUGGGGGGAGAGUCGAGGUAGAGGUGGGAGAGGGGGUGGAAGGAGACCGGAGGAGGCGAGCAGGGAGGGGAGCAGAGAACUGCUGCAGUGGCCAAAGGACAGCCCCCCCCAGGGGUGGGAAGGGCGACAGGCCAGUGGGGGGGGCGCGGGGAGACCCAAGAAGCCCCUGCGCCCCCCCCAGCACGAUCUCGACGGGAAGCCCUGGAGAACUGGGGAGGCAGAGACCCCGGCUGGCCGGAGGCAUGUGGAGGGGGGGGCCUGGGCGCAGGGAGAGGCCCAGCGGAAGCCAAGCCACCAGGCCCCCCAGCGUCCACGCGGAGCAUGAACAUUGAGGAUGGCGCGUGCCCGCGGCUCCCCGUGCCCCCCGCUGCCGCCCGGUAGGAUGUCCUGGCCCCACGGGGCAUUGCUCUUCCUCUGGCUCUUCUCCCCACCCCUGGGGGCCGGUGGAGGUGGAGUGGCCGUGACGUCUGCCGCCGGAGGGGGCUCCCCGCCGGCCACCUCCUGCCCCGUGGCCUGCUCCUGCAGCAACCAGGCCAGCCGGGUGAUCUGCACACGGAGAGACCUGGCCGAGGUCCCAGCCAGCAUCCCGGUCAACACGCGGUACCUGAACCUGCAAGAGAACGGCAUCCAGGUGAUCCGGACGGACACAUUCAAGCACCUGCGGCACCUGGAGAUUCUGCAGCUGAGCAAGAACCUCGUGCGCAAGAUCGAGGUGGGCGCCUUCAACGGGCUGCCCAGCCUCAACACGCUGGAGCUUUUUGACAACCGGCUGACCACGGUGCCCACGCAGGCCUUCGAGUACCUGUCCAAGCUGCGGGAGCUCUGGCUGCGGAACAACCCCAUCGAGAGCAUCCCCUCCUACGCCUUCAACCGCGUGCCCUCGCUGCGGCGCCUGGACCUGGGCGAGCUCAAGCGGCUGGAGUACAUCUCGGAGGCGGCCUUCGAGGGGCUGGUCAACCUGCGCUACCUCAACCUGGGCAUGUGCAACCUCAAGGACAUCCCCAACCUGACGGCCCUGGUGCGCCUGGAGGAGCUGGAGCUGUCGGGCAACCGGCUGGACCUGAUCCGCCCGGGCUCCUUCCAGGGUCUCACCAGCCUGCGCAAGCUGUGGCUCAUGCACGCCCAGGUAGCCACCAUCGAGCGCAACGCCUUCGACGACCUCAAGUCGCUGGAGGAGCUCAACCUGUCCCACAACAACCUGAUGUCGCUGCCCCACGACCUCUUCACGCCCCUGCACCGCCUCGAGCGCGUGCACCUCAACCACAACCCCUGGCAUUGCAACUGCGACGUGCUCUGGCUGAGCUGGUGGCUCAAGGAGACGGUGCCCAGCAACACGACGUGCUGCGCCCGCUGUCAUGCGCCCGCCGGCCUCAAGGGGCGCUACAUUGGGGAGCUGGACCAGUCGCAUUUCACCUGCUAUGCGCCCGUCAUCGUGGAGCCGCCCACGGACCUCAACGUCACCGAGGGCAUGGCUGCCGAGCUCAAAUGCCGCACGGGCACCUCCAUGACCUCCGUCAACUGGCUGACGCCCAACGGCACCCUCAUGACCCACGGCUCCUACCGCGUGCGCAUCUCCGUCCUGCAUGACGGCACGCUUAACUUCACCAAUGUCACCGUGCAGGACACGGGCCAGUAUACGUGCAUGGUGACGAACUCAGCCGGCAACACCACCGCCUCGGCCACGCUCAACGUCUCGGCCGUGGACCCCGUGGCGGCCGGGGGCACCGGCAGCGGCGGGGGCGGCCCUGGGGGCAGUGGUGGUGUUGGAGGGGGCAGUGGCGGCUACACCUACUUCACCACGGUGACCGUGGAGACCCUGGAGACGCAGCCCGGAGAGGAGGCCCUGCAGCCGCGGGGGACGGAGAAGGAACCGCCAGGGCCCACGACGGACGGUGUCUGGGGCGGGGGCCGGCCUGGGGACGCGGCCGGCCCUGCCUCGUCUUCUACCACGGCACCCGCCCCGCGCUCCUCGCGGCCCACAGAGAAGGCGUUCACGGUGCCCAUCACGGAUGUGACGGAGAACGCCCUCAAGGACCUGGACGACGUCAUGAAGACCACCAAAAUCAUCAUCGGCUGCUUCGUGGCCAUCACGUUCAUGGCCGCGGUGAUGCUCGUGGCCUUCUACAAGCUGCGCAAGCAGCACCAGCUCCACAAGCACCACGGGCCCACGCGCACCGUGGAGAUCAUCAACGUGGAGGACGAGCUGCCCGCCGCCUCGGCCGUGUCCGUGGCCGCCGCGGCCGCCGUGGCCAGUGGGGGUGGUGUGGGUGGGGACAGCCACCUGGCCCUGCCCGCCCUGGAGCGAGACCACCUCAACCACCACCACUACGUGGCUGCCGCCUUCAAGGCGCACUACAGCAGCAACCCCAGCGGCGGGGGCUGCGGGGGCAAAGGCCCGCCUGGCCUCAACUCCAUCCACGAACCUCUGCUCUUCAAGAGCGGCUCCAAGGAGAACGUGCAAGAGACGCAGAUCUGAGGCGGCAGGGCCGGGCGGGCGAGGGGCGUGGAGCCCCCCCACCCAGGUCCCAGCCCGGGCGCAGCCUGACCGGGACCCCUCCCUCCUACAGCCCAGCCCACCUUCUGGGACCACGCAGGGAAUUGGGGAGAGGUGGCUUCCAGCCCCAUCUGGGGCUCGGACCCCCAGUGAGGACAGGGUGGGGCUCCAGGAGCGGAGUCUCUGGGAUCCUCGCCUCACCCCCGCCAAUCCCCAGUGACGGGAGGGGACGUGGGACCCAGGAGAAGUGGCCUGAGUUCUCCGCGUUUCCUCCUCGCUCUCCCACCAAGCGUUCCGUUCCCGACUCGCCGCCUUCCAGGGGAGAGAGGAGCUUUCUCCAGGGGUGUCCUUUCCCCUCGGCCCCAAACACCUUCCUUUUACGGUUCAGUUUUUGCAGUUUGACGCCCGUCCCUCCCUCCCACUCCUCCGCCCUCAAAACUGAAGAGAUGGACACGUCGCCAGAGCUCCCGUCCCAGCGCCCGGCUCUGCUCCCGGCCGGCGGUCCCUGUCGUCGGCGCGGGGGGGGGAGCCUCCACCCGCCCCAGCCCCACCUGCCCCACAGACACUUUUGAUACUGAAGGGAGGUUUGCGUCAACGACUACCUGCUCUGUAAUUACUUUAAAAAAAAAACAUGGAAAAAGUAAAAAAAUAUUUUUUUUGGUCAUGAAAGCA